AUCGCAACUGUAUUCAGCAGCUGUUCAGUCGGGUUCAUUGUUUUCAUUGCGACCACCCUCACGGUUUAUUCUCAAAAACCAGUGGAAAAUAAGCGGAAAAUCCCCUAAAAUUGUUAAAUUAAACCCACAAUUAGAUAAACUAAAGAGACAAAUAAGAAUCUUGGAAGAAAAUUGUGAAAUAAUCUUGAAAAACAUUGAGAUAGAGUGACAUAACCUAACUUUCAUCAAAUCGCAAGUCAUUUGUCUCUGAAAGGAAGUAGAGGAGCCCCCGAAAAUGGUGGAAGAAGUGAAAAUUGCCGUUGAGAGUGAUUCGAAUGGGAAGCAGGAGGAGAAGGAGAAGCCAAAAGUGGUUGAAGAGGAGAAAAAUGAAUUAUCUGAGGAUGAUAAACAACUGCAGGAGGAGCUCAAUAUGCUCGUUGAGCGUCUCCAGGAACCCAAUACGGAUCUCUAUGUACCCGCUCUGGAGGCUCUGCGGAAGCUCAUUCGUGCCUCAACGACUUCCAUGACGUCCGUACCGAAGCCACUAAAGUUCAUGCGCCCCCACUAUGAGACAAUGAAGGAGAUCUACAAGAAGAUGGUGACGCCAGAGCAGAGAUUUGCCUGUGCGAAUAUUAUUUCCGUUCUGGCCAUGACAAUGGGUACCACGGGAAAGGAGUGUUUGGUGUAUCGUUUCCUUUGUGAUCCUGCGGAUCAAAUUGGGGACUGGGGGCAUGAGUAUGUGCGCCAUUUGACGUGGGAAAUCAGUCAGAAUUGGAAUGAGACAUCGGAGAACUUCCGGACGCGCCUUAUUGAUCUCGUGAAGCAAAUUGUCCCCUACAAUAUGACCCACAACGCCGAGGCGGAUGCUUGUGAUUUGCUAAUGGAGAUUGAACAGCUGAAUUUGCUUGAGGAGUACGUGGAUGAGAGUACCUACCCACGGGUUUGUCUGUACCUCCAGAGUUGCGUCCCAUACGUGCCAGAUCCGGAGAAUACGACUCUCCUCAAGGUUGCCCUGAGUAUCUUCCGGAAGUUCAAGCAACACACACAGGCAAUGCGCCUGGCUCUGAUGCUAAAUGACAUCCCUGUCAUUGAGGAAGUCUUCAAUGCCUGCGAGGAUACUUCCGUGAGGAAACAAUUGGCAUUUAUGCUGGUGCGUCAGCAAAUCUUCAUUGAGGUUAAUUCCAGUGCUGCCGAUUACGAUGAUCUCGUGGAGAUUAUGUCAAAUUCCCACCUGAACAAUCACUUCCUCAACUUGGCGCGUGAAUUGGAUAUUAUGGAGCCCAAAACUCCGGAGGAUGUGUACAAGUCGCACUUGGAGAACUCCCGGACACCCUUUGGGGCCACCCCCGUGGAUUCAGCACGACAGAAUCUCGCAGCGAGCUUCGUGAAUGGUUUCGUGAAUGCUGGCUUUGGGCAGGAUAAGCUCCUCAUGGAGGAUGGGAAUAAAUGGUUGUACAAGAAUAAAGAGCACGGAAUGUUGAGCGCUACGGCAAGUUUGGGGCUGAUCCUCCUGUGGGAUGUGGACAGUGGGUUGUCAUCCAUUGAUAAGUACCUCUACAGUGCUGAGGAUCACAUCAAAUCCGGAGCUCUCCUGGCGUGUGGGAUUGUCAAUUGUGGCGUGAAGAAUGACAUUGAUCCAGCACUGGCACUCCUAUCGGAUUACGUCCUCCAUCAGAAUACAACAAUGCGCAUUGGAGCUAUCCUCGGGUUGGGAUUAGCCUAUGCAGGGAGCAAUAGGACAACAGUGUUGGAGCUCCUGUGUGGUGUAUUUAAUGUUGACCGGAAGACUGGAUCGACGAUUGAGCUGAUGGGAAUGGCAGCACUUGCCGUUGGGAUGAUUGCUGUGGGUUCGUGCAAUGCCGAUAUCACGGAGACCCUCAUCCAGACCAUCAUGGAGCGUACAGAGGCUGACUUCAAGGACACCUAUGCGCGUUUCCUGCCCCUGGGGCUAGGACUCCUCUACUUGGGACGUCAAGAAGCCGCCGAGGCUGUGAUUGCAGCGUUGGAAGUUAUCCAGGAGCCCUUCCGUUCAAUGGCAACAACAAUGGUGGAGAUUUGUGCGUACGCCGGCACGGGGAAUGUCCUGAAGAUUCAGCAACUCCUGCACAUCUGCUCGGAGCACUACGAACCAGCUACUGAGAGUGAGCCAUCGGGCAAGGGAGGAGCAGCUGCAGCAGCAAAAGAUGAAGCAAAGCAAGCCAAGGAGAAGGAAGCGCGUGAGAAGGAUUUAUCCUCAACGCAGGCUGUGGCUGUCAUUGGGAUCGCCCUGAUUGCCAUGGGAGAGGAAAUUGGCGCUGAAAUGGCAUUUAGGUCAUUUGGGAAUCUUCUGCGCUACUGUGAACCCGUUAUCCGGCGGGCUGUUCCCCUGGCCUUGGGCUUGAUUUCCGUGUCAAACCCAAAGCUAAACAUUUUGGAUACACUGAGCAAAUUCUCCCAUGAUAGUGACAUUGAGGUGGCACACAACGCCAUCUUCGCCAUGGGGUUGGUUGGGGCGGGUACCAACAACGCCCGGUUGGCGUCAAUGCUCCGGCAAUUGGCACAGUAUCACGCCAAGGAGCCAAAUAACUUGUUCAUGGUGCGCAUUGCGCAGGGAUUGACGCAUUUGGGCAAGGGGACAAUGACCCUCAGUCCGUAUCACAGCGAUCGGCAGCUGAUGAACCCCGUGGCGGUGGCAGGACUCCUCAGUACACUUGUUGCCUUCCUGGAUGUGAAGAACAUCAUCCUGGGGCGGAGUCACUACCUCCUGUACACCCUCACAGCUGCCAUGCAGCCGCGUAUGCUGGUGACCUUCGAUGAGAACCUCAAGAGUAUCGCUGUUCCCGUGCGCGUGGGCAUGGCUGUGGAUGUCGUCGGGCAAGCUGGGAAGCCCAAGACCAUCACUGGCUUCCAGACGCACACAACACCCGUCCUCCUGGCCAUGGGGGAGAGGGCAGAACUGGCAACGGAUGAGUACGUCUCCCUAGCGCCCAUCAUGGAGGGAUUCGUGAUACUCCGGAAGAAUCCCAACUAUGUCCCCUAAGGAUCAACUAAUUACUUUCUUUUUUACAUUAACUCUGUAGCCUAUAUGCAUUAUGUAAUGAUUUUCCCUUUUUGAAAUAAUAAUCAAGAUGAAAGAAAAUUUGAA